AAAUCAAACAAAUCACUUGAUUAACUCCAUUCAAAGCUCCUUACCGUAGAUAAAAGUGCUCCCCCAUUAUUCAUAAUGGUGGGGCCCAUGCAAUGAAGCAGAGAAUCAAGAAAACAGAGGAGAAGUGGGAAAACAGCAAGAAAACAAUGCCUACACUUUUCUUCUUCUCUCCUUUUGAGACCCAAUUCAACUGUGUUACUUUCUCUGUUUCUUGCAUCAAAGAUUCUCUCCCUUUCAAGUCAUAGAAGAAAAGCAAAAGGUGAAAUGGAGUGGGAAAUUGAGAAAAGGACUCCCAACUCAUGCAUAUAUUCUUCAACUCAAUCCGCUUCUGUUUUCAGAUUGUUGUUAUACACCGAAACAAAGGUUUCCAGCAAAUGAUGGAUAACCAAGUUGAGGACAGUUCUUCUUCAGUUCAUGGACACACAGAAUUUGGAUUGGUUCUAUCUGCUGAUGCUAAGCCAAGGCUAAAAUGGACACCUGACCUUCAUCAGCGCUUCGUCGAUGCAGUUUCUCAGCUGGGUGGUAUUGAAAAGGCAACACCAAAAGCUGUGAUGAAGGUGAUGGGAAUCCCUGGACUUACAUUGUACCACCUAAAGAGCCAUUUGCAGAAAUAUAGGCUUGCUAUUAACCAGAACUCACAAACCUGCGGUGAUAACAAGAAAGAAGCAGACUGCACGAUAGCUGAUUACAGAGUCGGCCGUAUUGAUGGAGAAAACACGGGGAGAACUCAUGAACAAGUUAAUGAAAGCUUGCAGAUAGCUAAAGCACUGCAGAUGCAAAUGGAAGUGCAGAAGAAACUGCAUGAACAGAUUGAAGUGCAGCAGCACUUGCAGCUUCGAAUUGAAGCACAAGGGAAGUAUCUGCAGUCGGUAUUGAAGAAAGCACAGGAAACGCUUGCUGCGUAUAGUCGUACUUCUUUGGGACUGGAAGCUGCAAAAUCAGAAUUCUUGGAGCUUUUUUCUACGGCGGAUGUCGAAUGCCCAAGCUCUUCAAUUUCUGAAUUGACUGAGAUAUCUGACAUGAGCUUGCAGAAACAAGAGAAGGGAUUGAUUGGAUAUGGCUUUGUGCAUCAUCAACCUGAGCUUACUGAUUGCUCCAUGGAUAGCUGUUUAACAUCUUCUGAAAGCUCGGAAAGAAUGAACUAUGAUUCUGUCAAUGGAUAUAAAUCCAACAAUCAUAACGGAACUGUUACAUGUCCAUCGGCAGAAAAAACUCCGAAUUCAAUCAGCCUAAGCAAGAUGCACUUGAGCAAUCGAGCCAGUGCCAUGUUCGACGACACCUGUGUCGAUCAGCCACACUGUAAGAGACCACUCCAUGAGAACUCAUCUAAUCAGCCGAGAAGAUUCAGGAGAUCAGAGGAGCUUGAUCUGAAUUGUCAGUAUCAGUGCGAGACAGAUUCAGGUUAGCAAGAACUAGACUUGAAUUGUUGGAAUUAAGGUAUGCCAUUAGUCUGCCAGGCAUUUGAAUGGCUGCAAUCAUCUUAUCAGGACAUGUAUCAAAAGGCCUUGUAUGGCCUUUGUAUAUCAUAAGUCUGCCUGUAAUCAGAUAAUGUUGGCCUGUUUAUAUUGUUA